AUGUGUAUAUAUGAUGUCUCCAUUCGCUAUUCUAGUCUGUUGUUUCUGAUCCUGAUAUAUGUGUUGUCGUACUUUCUAGCCAUUCUGCCAGAGAUAACGAACUCGAUAAGGUAUACCCUAUUUUACAAAACGAGGAAGAGGAAAAUUUAUUCGUAUUCUUUGAAGAAGGAAGAUUCACUGAGAAGGAAAAGCAAUGACAAGGAAUUAAAAAUCGAUCAUUUGGUGGACACCAGUUUUCUGUAUAUGAACCAGGACCACUUCGAAAAGGUGAAUUUUGGCCAUGGGUACUCGCGAGGGCUGAAUCGAUCCUCUGGCGAGGGAAUCGAUGCACUUUACAGUAAGGAGGGCGAAUGUAGUGAGGAAGGAUCCUCCUCAGGGAGAAGUAUCUCCGUGGAGCAGUCAGACAAUGUGGACCAUGCAGCCAACCCCCCGAUGCAAUGGCAGGGGAAAAGAAGACGAGAAAAAAAAGAACGCAAGUACAGCAAAAACGAAAUAAACGAUUACGUAUUGAAGAAAACGGGGAGGAACAAGAAGUACAUAAUAGACAGCUGCGAGGAGUUUGAGAAGAUCUGCCUGAACGACCAGAGGAAAACGCUGAAGAUGAAAGACCGGAUUAUUAAGUACAUCGAGCUAAACGAUUCGGAGGAGGAAGGGGACAAUUUUCGUCGGGGUAGCGUGAAUGUUGGCAGCGCGAAUGUUGGCAGUGUGAAUUUUGGCAGCGCGAAUGUUGGCAGUGUGAAUUUUGGCAGCGCGAAUUUUGGCAGCGCGAAUUUUGACAGCGUGAAUGGAAGGCCAUAUCAAUUCGUAAACCAAGUUGGAGGGUCCCGCCUGAGUGAAGAAGGGCACAGCGCGCAGGACUACUUGAAGAAGCGGAAUGAGAAGGAAGGAAAGCAUUUGGGUUCCUUUAUCUACGACACGAAGUAUUUAAACAUACAGAAUGAAGAAUGCACAGAGGAAAGUAUUCGAUUCCAGAAGAAUAAAAAGAAGUACAUGUGUUUCAUGGUGAAUAACAUGUUGCACGGGAGGAAAGAAAUGAACAGGUGGAAGACCAGUUACUUGCAAGGGCUGAGGUCAAACACGAACAAGUAUACUCUGCAUAGUUUCUACGAUAGAAAUAAACAUGUACAAAAGGAUACGGAUUUUUCCAGGUGGCAUAAUUUAUUUCUUAAAUUUAUAAUCAAUAUAAAAGUGGUAUUCGUAAAGUUUUGCAAAAACACUUCAUUCAUUAUCUCCGAUUUGUUGAUAACGCUUAUGUUACAUGUGGCUUGGCUUAACGUUUAUAACUACCUACGAAGGAAUGAUGUAUCUACAGAUACGGGCAUGUUUAAUUGGAAUACGGAGUACAUUCCCCCCUUCUUCACCAAAGUCGAAGCGUACAUACAGUACUUUAUCCUGUACGAUAUAUGUGUAAAGUUCUUUCUCUUCUUCUGUGCCAAGCAUAUAUUAAGUUUUUGGUUUCUGUUAAACUUAAUGAAUAGCCCAUUUUUCUACCUUAUAGUUUCGUACGUAACGAAUUGUCCACUAAGGAAGCAUGGGUGGCUGUACCUGACCUGUCCAUUUCGCUUUCUCAAUUUUCUACGAAUAGAUAAUUUGAUUGGACAAAGUAACAACCACAAUAAGAUAAACUUUCCAGUGAUUACUCUCUCUGUUCAAAUUCUAGUCGUCAUAUAUACCUAUGCUUGUAUCCAUCUUCUAAUUGAGCAGCCUUGUAGAGGGGAUUACCAAAUAUAUGAUUACAUUUUUUCCGGCAUGCAGACGGUGUCUACAGCAGCCAUGGGAAGAGGCACAUGUUUUCCAUUCACCUUGCAAUCAAAAAUUACACAUACCUUUUACAUAUUCAUGAUUUUUACUUAUAUACACUACCAGAUAAGGUACUUGAAGAAUCACAUGGUGGAGGAGAAAAAGAUAUACGGCAAAAUUCCAAACAUUGGUGCGAGGUACUUUGUGAUUAUUGGACAUAUGAAGCCAAUAGCUCUGUACGUAAUUAUUAAUGAAUUACAAUCCACGUAUAAUAAUUUAGAUGAAAUAAUUUUUUUAACAAGUCUUCCUGUUAAAUUUUAUUUAAAUAUUAUUCGCCUGUUAAACAGAAGAGGGUAUUGCCAAAUCAGUCUUUGCCUAUACGAUUUGAACAAACCAUUUCCUUUGAAGAUUAAAAAAAUUAUUUCCUUUAGUAGUGGAAUUUUCAUAUGUAACAAUGUUAUGAAUACACACCACAAUAUUAAUAACGAUAUGGAAACGCUAAAAAGGUACAACGAAAUUAAUUCUUUAGGCCCUUUCAAUAAAUGCAUUUCCGUCUUCCUCAACAAUAUCUCUAAUAAUAGUAUAUUACUCAAGAGGAGCAAUCGGAAUAUUAUUUGCCUGAACGAACUUAAAAUGAAACUUUUUGCGAAAACUUUGGAUGACUGCCCAGGUAUGUUUCUCCUUACUAUUCUCUUUUUUAUAAACACACCACAGAAGUUGAAGUCUAAACAUACUUAUAUUUUGAGCAAAUAUUUUGACAACUUGGAGGAGGAGAUCAAUCCAGAGACCCCUCCUUUCGGUUCGUCCACUGAUGGCGGCGCCAGCGAUCGGGAGGAGGACCACGUAGGAAGUGCAUCCACCCACCCUAGUGCAUAUAAAAAAGGGGAUGGAAAGAGGGGAGGAAAGUCGUGCAAAUCUCACACACAAUGCGCAUCACACACAACUAAUAAACCAUACACACGGAGUCGAUUCCCCUCCAGAUGGCUACACCUUUUCAGCGGGAAAAGGAGUCAGCGGUCCUCCACCGAGGGAGACCACCCCAACGGUAAACAAUCCCGCGAGAGCAAUUUUUACAAAAUUGAUCUACGUACAGGGGAUACAACGGACCAAAAUCCACCCUACAAGAAGAGAAUCAGCAGGCCAUCCGUGUCGAUCCUGAAACGGGUGAAGAGCAUCACCCAAGGAGGAACAAAAAAGAAAAUGCCAUUCCGAGGCUUCCUAUCGUAUGAGUUUGAUGAAAGCAUGUGUUACAACUCAUACAAUAAUUAUCUGCACUAUAUAAAGGGAAUAAAAUAUAAUAUAUACAAAAUAAAGUUGCCGAAGAGUUUUCUCAAUUUACACUUUAUCACCAUUGUCCAGUAUAUGUUCAUGAAUUACAACGCCUUCUUGAUAGGUAUCAUAAAUGAGUAUAACGAGGUGAUCCUAAACCCUGUUCAUUUUAUUUACACUUGUCUAGACGUACAGUUUAUUCUGCUCACAGAUAAGUACAACAUUCUACAAAAAAUACAAAACCAGAAGAAGGUACAACUGGACUGGCUCAAUUCUGUAGACUGCGUGAAGAUUAAAAAAAGUGACACGUCAAAUGGAGCGGGGCACAAGAGCGGGUCGGCACCAACUGCUGGUCAUCACUACUACAGUGAAAUGAACAAACUGAAAGGCCAACCUGGGGUUUACUUCAACCCUGUGUUGAGUAUCCUUCGUGUGGACAAUUAUUUGCAGGCUUUGGAGUUCUUCCGCAUCAGGCGGGAGGGGCAAGCUGGUCAGGCGGUUAACCACUCGGCGGAUGAACCGGGUGGAAAAGCGAACCACCCGCACGACGAUUUCAUCAUUCUGAUAUACUGGCCCCAGUCCAUCAACACCUUCCUGAAAGUGUUACACCAGCGGAAACGACACAACAUUCUCAUCCUGAGCGACCAAAUUCCGUCCUACAUCCACAACAACAAGUUGGCAAAGUACAGUAUCUGCUACAUACAGAAGUCGCCGUUGUCGCUGUACAAUUUAAUCCUCGCAGGAAUCUUGCGUUGCAAAAAAUGCGUAAUUUUUAAAAAUUAUUUAAAGUUGAAUUCCCAUCAUAAUAUUAUAUCGUAUAAUGAGAAGGCCAAAAAUAUCAACUAUUUUGAGUACAUGUGUGAACACAACGACAGCGACUUGCUCAUCAUCUUUAACAACAUACAAAAUAUUUUCCGAAGGAGGGACAUCAACGAUGCCUUGGUGGAUUACUACAUACGCCAAGAAAGUAACCCAUCAAAAUCGUAUGAUAAUUAUUUACUUCAAAAAAAAUCCACAAAAAAAAGGGAUAUUCAAAAUGGGUAUGACACACAAAAAAACAGUCACACUGUGGAUGCCCAAGAAAUGAGAAAAAUGGACCAAGCGUGUAAUAAUAUCAUAAACGAUAAAAGUAGAAAAACGAGGAAAAAUAUUUACCUCCUCAUAGAGCUAAAUAACACACUUUCCAUCCAGUAUUUAAAUAACGAUGUAUAUACAAAUAUCGACAUUUUAAAAAAAAAAAAAAAUAAAAUCAUCAAUAUGAACAAAGCUCAUAAUUUACUCUUCAUCGAAAAUUACAAAAAACAAAUACAAUUUUUUAAAUAUGGUAAUUUACUUGUGGAAAAUAUUUUCAAAAAAAUUGAGCACAUUUUUGUGGACAAUUAUUAUUUUUAUUUGUACUUUUUACAAUUCACCUCCGCCAGUGUCUUCAUCGAUGAACUGAUUUAUCACCUCAUUGGGUAUACCUUCCCCAUCAAGAACAACUCUCUCAGUAUUGGUACCAUUGAAGCAUUUAUAAACGGAACCUACGCGGACAGUUCCAAGAGGAUUAAGUCGGACUUGCUUCUCAGGCGCAUAAAUCCCAAGUACCAUUCUAGAAACUUCUUUUUUCUCUUCCAGAAGUACCUGAAGAAGGGAUCCAUCGUUAUCGGCAUUUAUCGCUGCAACGAGGAAAACAACAUGAGUAUAGUUAUCCCCUGCCCCCAGCGCAACUUCAUCAUGCACAAAUCGGACAAGGUCUAUGUCAUCGAAAGCCAGUACAGAGCCAAGGAAGAAACCCGUUGA